AUGGUCGCCCGCGAGCUGCACAGCGGGCGCACCAUGCGGGUCUGGCGCGAGGAGCUGCACAGCAUGACGGCCGCGCCGUUCGCCACGGGCGCCGACACGCUGCUGGUGGCUUACUACGCCUCGGCCGAGGUCGGUUGCUUCCUGGCGCUCGGGUGGCCCGUGCCGGUGCGGAUCGUCGAUUUGUUCUGCGAGUUCCGCCUGCUGACCAACGGCCGACGGACGAUGGCCGGCGCGGGCCUGAUCGGGGCGCUGGCAUGGUUCGGACUCGACAGCAUCGCCGCGGCCGAGAAGACCGAACUACGCGAGCUGGCGAUGCGCGGCGGGCCGUACACGCCCGAGGAGCGGGUGGCGCUGCUCGACUACUGCGAGACGGACGUGGUCGCCCUCGCCCGGCUGUGGCCGCGGAUGGCGCCGACGCUCGACCUACCGCGGGCCCUGCUGCGAGGCCGCUACAUGGCCGCUGUGGCUCGUAUGGAACGCGCUGGCGUUCCGAUCGACGCCGAGACCCUCGGCCGCUUACGCGACGACUGGGAGCGCGUGAAGCGGCUGCUGAUCGCCCGGGUCGAUGCGGACUUCGGCGUUUAUGACGAUGGCAGUUUUCGCUCGGCGCGAUUCGACGACUACCUGGCCCGCCGCGGGAUCGCCUGGCCGCGCACCGAGACCGGCGCGCUGGCGCUCGACAGCGAUACGUUCCGCGAACGGUCCGCCGCGCACCCGGCGCUGCUGCCGCUGAAAGAGCUGCGCGUGACGCUCGGCGAGCUGCGGCUGUUUGACCUGGCCGUAGGACGCGACGGCCGGAACCGCUGCCUGCUGUCGCCAUUCCGCGCCCGCACCGGCCGCAACCAACCGAGCAACACGCGAUUCAUCUUCGGCCCCUCGGCGUGGGUCCGGUCGCUGAUCAAGCCGGCCGAGGGUCGCGCCGUCGCCUACAUCGACUGGAGCCAGCAGGAGGUCGGGAUCGCGGCGGCGCUGUCGGGCGACACGGCGAUGAUGGCCGCCUACGCCUCGGGCGACCCGUACCUGGCGUUCGCCAAGCAAGCGGGCGCGGUCCCCGAGGAGGCCACCAAGCGCUCGCACAAGGCGGAACGCGAGGUCUACAAGGCCUGUGUCCUGGCGAUUCAGUACGGCAUGGGCGCCGAGUCGCUUGCCGCGCGGAUCGACCGACCGGGCGCGACGGCGCGACAGUUGCUCGACCAACACCGCCAGACGUACCCGACGUUCUGGCUCUGGAGCGACGGCGCCGUGAACCACGCGACCCUCCGCGGCGAGCUGCACACGGUUUUCGGUUGGCGGGUGAACGUCGAUGGCGACAGCAACCCGCGGGCCCUCGCCAACUUCCCGAUGCAAGCCAACGGCGCCGAGAUGCUGCGGCUCGCCUGCUGCCUGGCGUCGGAGCGUGGCGUCAUGGUCUGCGCGCCGGUUCACGACGCGCUGCUGGUGGAGGGGCCCGCCGACACGAUCGCCGCGACGGUCGCCGACACGCGGGCCGCGAUGGCCGAGGCCUCGCGCGUUGUGCUAGGCGGUUUCGAGCUAGCGACCGACGCCGACGUGGUCGCCUGGCCCGAGCGGUACCGCGAUCCCCGCGGCGCCCGCCUGUGGGAAGUAAUUACCGAGCUGAUCGCGGAGCCGCGACCGUUCGCAGCGCAGACGGUUACCGUCCACGGCGCAGACGCCGGGAUCGCCGAGCGACGCCAACGGGCGCCGUUCAUUAAGGGCCCGAUCCCGCUGGCCUGGAUCACCACGGCGGCGCGGCUGCCCGGUAAGUCGCUGGCCGUGGGCCUCGCCCUGUGGUGGCGUCGCAACCUCACCGGCGACAACCCGGUGAAGCUCACCACGGCGCACAGCCUGCGGUUCGGCGUGCAAACCCGUAGCGGCCGAAAGGCGGCGCUCGACGCGCUAGAGCGGGCCGGCCUAGUGACGGUCGAGCGGGCGCCACCGAAGGGGCAGACCAUGACGAACCAGCAACGAACCAACCGCUACGCCCGUCGCUUGGUGGAGUGGUCCGACGCCAACCCCUACAAGCCUCGCUUAGCCGCUUCGCUAUCGGCGCUCGGCGGGAAGUACCGACCCACCAGCGCCGCGGAGGAUCGCAGCAUCAUGGCCGAGGAGGCCGAGGUGGCGCGGCUGCGGGAUGCUGCCGAUCAGCGGACUCGCCGCGAGAGCAACGGAGCGACGCCGAGGAGCCCCAGUAGCGCGGCGCUCGGUUCGGGGGCGGGGAUCAAUCCGGGCGCGGAGUCGAACGCGUCGCGCCAAAUGGUGUAG